AAAAUGGCUAAUUUCACCGCCUUCCACCCGGACUACUUCAUUCUGACAGGAAUCCCCGGUCUGGAGAAGUCCCACCUCCUGCUCUCCAUCCCGUUCUCUAUCAUGUAUAUCUUGGCUCUUACUGGAAACUCCAUCUUGAUCUUGGUCAUAGGAACCAACGAGACUCUCCAGCAGCCCAUGUACCUGUUCCUGAUGAUGCUGGCCGCCUGUGACAUCCUCUUCAGUUCCUCCUCUAUACCCAAGACUCUCAGCAUCUUCUGGUUCAAUUGUCAUAAAAUCUCCUUUAGUGGUUGUAUUGUCCAGAUGUACUCCAUUCACUUCAGCUUCAUGAUAGAGUCGGCCAUCUUGGUUAGCAUGGCCUAUGAUCGGUACUAUGCCAUUUGCCACCCUUUAUCGUACACAACCACCUUUACUGGGUCCUUCAUAAGGAAGAUGGUUAUUUUGGCCCUUCUUAGAAGUUUUUGCAUUAUAACUCCCAUCAUUUAUCUCCUUCACAGAUUACCGUAUGAAGGCAGCAUUGUGAUAGAGCACACGUAUUGUGAGCACAUGUCCAUGGCCGGGCUGGCCACUGCCGAUAUACUGGUCAAUAAGGUCUAUGGACUCAUCAUAGCCGCUUCUGCUUCUGGUGUAGACCUGAUCCUUAUAGCUGUUUCAUAUGUUGUUAUUGUCCGGACAGUUCUUAAACUUCGGUCCUCAGAAGCGCGUGUCAAGGCCUUCAAUACCUGCGUGUCUCACGUCUGUGUCAUCACCCUCUUCUAUAUACCGGCCUUCUUCACUUUCAUAACCCAUAGAGUUGGCUAUAAAUACAUCUCUCCACGGUAUCACAUCCUCUUAGCCAAUCUCUACGUCCUUGUCCCUCCAAUGAUGAACCCAAUCAUCUACGGGGUGAAGACACGAGAGAUCAGACAGCGGGUGGUAUCCACGUUUUGUAAAGUUUCAUAG